CAUUGCCCCUCUCUCAACCGUCAUUUCCCACAAACCCAAUUAUCCCCCAACCACACAAACCAUCAUGACCCGCGUACUUNNUUUGACUGGAGGCUCUGGCUUCAUUGCCGCCCACGUUCUUGACAUCCUGCUCGAGCAUGGCCACUCGGUCGUGACGACUGUCCGCUCCCAGGAAAAGGCCAACAAGAUCAAGGAGGCCCACCCCAAUGCUUCCGAGAAGCAGCUCUCCUUUGCUAUUGUCGAAGACAUUGCACAGGAGGGCGCNCUUGACAAAGCUGUCGUGUCAGACCCUCCUUUCGAGGCCGUCAUUCACACUGCUUCUCCCUUCCACUUCAAUGUCACAGACGUUCAGAAGCUGCUCGACCCAGCCGUCAUCGGAACCACCGGCAUCCUGAAGUCGAUCAAGAAGAGUGCACCAUCAGUCAAGCGCGUUGUCAUCACUUCGAGUUUCGCUGCCAUCAUCAACCCCAGCAAGGGCAAUUGGCCUGGUCACACCUACUCCGAAGCCGACUGGAACCCCAUCACUCACCAGGAGGCUCUCGAGAACCCUGCUGCAGGAUACCGUGCUAGCAAGACCUUUGCCGAGAAGGCUUCGUGGGAUUUCCUCGAGAAGGAGAAGCCCAACUUCACCAUCGCUACAAUGAACCCUCCUCUUGUUCUUGGUCCCAUCGUCCACUACCUGAACUCGCUCGACGCGUUGAACACCAGCAACCAGCGCAUCAGAGACAUCUACCAGGGUAAGGCCAAGGAGCAGAUCGCCGAGACUGGUACCUUCUUGUGGGUUGAUGUCCGCGACCUUGCACUCUGCCACGUCAAGGCAAUGGAAGUCGAGGCUGCAAGCAACAAGAGAUUCUUCGUCACUGCUGGCCACUUCUCCAACAAGGAGAUUUCUGAGAUCAUCAAGAAGGAAUAUCCUCAGACAAAGGACUUGCCUUCAGAGAGCACCCCUGGCGGCGACUACCCCAAGGAUGGUGUGUACAGCUACGACAACAGCAGAACCAAGGAGGUGCUGGGCGUCCAGUUCAAGUCACUUCACGAGUCAAUCAAGGACACUGUCAAGUCAUUCCAGUCGUUCUACUACAAGACCUUUGAUGAGAACCGCUCUGCCCUCGGUGCCCUUUACAAGGACCACUCUAUGCUCACCUUUGAGAACUCCCCCGUUCAAGGUGCCGCUGGCAUUACCGAGAAGCUCGUUGUUCAGCACGAGGUUUCCAGCUUGGACGCUCAGCCCUCCAACGAGGCCGGUGGUAUCCUGGUCGACGAGGAGCAGAGACCCAUGAGCUACACCCAGUCCUUCCAGCUCCUGCCCGACGGUGCCGGCAGCUACUACGUCUUCAACGACAUCUUCAGACUCCAUGGUCCUGUGUUUCGGUCUCGGCAUUGGCAACAUCUUCCUCUUCCACUGGGUCAUCCUGUUCGCCGUGAUAUGCCUNNUAUUUGCUCGUUCAUCAUCCUCUUUGUCGAAGUCCCUCUCCUCCUGCGCAUCUGCCCGACGUCGUCUACCUUUGACACAUUCAUCCGCCGAUUCGAGACCAAUUACAUGCGCGCUGCGAUUUACCUUGCAAUGAGUGUCAUCCAAUGGAUCUCGCUUGCCGUAAAGACGACCAGUCUUAUUGUCGCUGCGAUCGUCCUGCUUAUCACGGCUCUCUUCUAUGCAUUGGCUGGUGUCAAGGGUCAAGGCUUCGUUGGAAGCAAGACUUUGGGCGGUCACGGCGUCGCUCAAAUGAUCGUCUACGCCGAACUACCAAAAGUGCCUCCGCGUCCAGCUCGCACCCAAGAGCGGGCUGCAGACCCCACCGUGAAUGCUCCAAUAAUUCCUCCUCGUCCCCAGCGCCGCACUGAGAGAUCUGUCUCUCCUAUGAGGNNGGGAGAGUACACUCGUUCUNNCCCCCUGAACGACAUGCCAGCUACCAGCCCCAACGCCAAUGGCAAGAUGUACAGCCAGAGAAACCUCUCGGCCCAGGACCUGCCUCCUCGUCCCCCGAGUGUCAGCCUUCCCUCAAUCGGCCAGGAAGGCAGCGAAUAUGCCAAUCUCCAGGAAGAAGAACAAGCAGCUGCCGAACAGCACCGAGUCAUCUCUCCCGACUUGCCCAUGCAUGCUCCCACGGCAUCUGUGCCCCAAUCAACUGCCAAAUCCAGAAUCCAGACCGUGACUCGUACCGACUCUAGUCAAGCCGCAUCUCACGGGAUUGGCUCGCCUGGAGACGCUGUGCACCCUCUAAGAGCGAAGGCGAGCUUCAGUCGUUCCAACCUGUCCUUGUCUCAUGAGCCUACUGAGGAGGACGAACAUGGCAUUCCCGAAAUUGGUCUCCAAGUGCCUAUGUUGAAAUACGCUGGUGAUGUCCAGGCACCUACACCAACUCCUUCGUCAAAGGCUGGAACACCGAGUAUUAGCUUCAACGAUGCAGCUCCCCGUAACCACCAUCGCAAGCGUAGUUCGCGUCAAGAGUUCCACGGUCCUCCUGGUAGUUAUGGUCUGCAUGGCCAUCGUCUAGAUCCCACGGAUCAGUUCGAGAAAGCGUGGUAUGCCAAGCACCCCGAAGAGCUUGUCAAGGAGCAUCGUCCUUACGAUCCUGGCCACGCUCCUGGUGACUGGGCCCUGAGCAGUGACGACCUCAAUAAACUGGUUCAUCAGAACUCUGGCCAUGGUCUCGGAAUGGCCUACACUUCCCGCAUGAACUCACCCAAGCCCUUGUCAAGUCUCAGCAAGCGCCCUUCGAGCGGUGCCCAACCUGCUGUCGAGUCCCCUCUCAAGAAGGAAUCUUUCAAUCUGAAAGAAAUCUCACAGAACAACACCGCUUUGGAGAGUGAGGUCGAGGAUGAGGUCAUUCACAUCGACCCUCCAGCCCACCGUCACAGCAAAAUUCAUGGUGGUGGUUACGACCCUCCUACCGUAGACCUUGGUCCCGAGGGAGGCAACACUCAAGAGCGUGGCGGUUGGGUCGUCGAGAACGGAGAUGGUAUUCCCAUUUUGGCCUCGGAUGAGGUUGCCAAAAACAACCCCGAAGCCGUCUACUGGCAGCCCGCUGUCUCGCCCUCCAAGGAAAGAAAGGGUAACGACUACUAUGAUGCGUAUGCAUCUGAUUCCUCGGCUACUGGUCCUUCCCGCAGACGUAGUAAGGAGAAGCUCAGAACCAGCAGUGGUGGUGAACUGGCUAGAUUCAAGUCUCGCGAGGCUCAACCUUCUGGUGCUGGCACUCCUCUUGAGGAGAUCGAAGAAUACGAGCCCCUCUUCCCCGACGAUGACGACAAGCCCCAACAGCCUCUGACUGUUGCUGACAAGGUCAAGCGUCCUGACUUGGCUCGUCAUCACUUCCCUAGUCAAGACAUUUGGGAGGAUGUUCCCGAAAGUCUGCAGUAUCAGACUGAGGUCUCCGGUCCUCAGGAGCCUGAGGAGCUCACGACUUCUACUACUUUCGAACACCCUGACAAGGAACAAGCACGUAAGGAGGGCAACAACCCUGAAGAUCGUGCCGACUUCCUUUCUCAAGAAGCUAAGAGGAUGGCUAAGACUGGUUUCAAACCUGGCGUUUCUGAAGACAUGACCCGCCCUGGCUACAAGAAUCGUUUCCCUAGCAGAGAUAUCUGGGAAGACUCACCUGACAGUCUGCAGCUGGAGACUACCGUUGACACACCACAAAUGGAGGCCGAGGAUAUAUCGAGUCCUGCUGAUGUCAAGUCGCCUGUGAUUCCUCCGCGUCCUGCUCGGUCUUCCAAGCUCUCCGAGAUCUCGCUUCCCGAGCCCGAACAGAGCACUAAGCCUCAGGUUCCGGCAAGGCCAGCUGGUCAACAGGCUCCUGUAAUCCCCGAGCGCCCUAAGCCUCAAGUGCCUGCCCGACCCGCGAAGUCUGAGAACACUCAACCUCAGGAUGGUGCAUCGACCGAUAGAGCUGUAUCACCACCAGCUGCAAAGGCCAAGCCUGCAGUUCCUGCAAGACCAGCGGGUAACAAGUUCGCGGCACUUAAAGCCGGCUUCCUCGAAAACUUGAACGCGCGUCUGGGCUCUGGGCCUCAAGCUCCUCCCAAACACGAAGAGCCCGCCGAAGCGCCCGCUGAAGAGAAAGCUCCUCUUGCCGAUGCUCGCAAGGGCCGUGCUAGAGGUCCCGCUAGAAGAAAGCCCGCUGCUGAGUCUGCCGCAGCUCCUGCAGCCGCGUCCGGCGCGUCAACUUUGUCAAUCGGUACUACGUUCACCAUCUUCCAGAUCAACGAUCAAGGAGAUUUGUCCGUACCCAUCGAACAGCUUUCACCUGCUCUAGCCAAGGGUGCUCAGGAGAUGGAGAAGGUGGCUGCAGCAAACACCGAGGGUGCUGCCCCUGCCCCUACAUCUUCAGGCGCUGACAACGAAAAGACUACCCUCUCAGGUCUUCCUGCUCAAGCGAUUGGUCACAUUGGCGACACGCCUGACCCCAAGUUGUCGCAGUCAACAAUGGAGCGUGCAUCAGCCAUUCAGUCCGAUUUUGAGGCAGCCCUCGCCGACUCAGAAAAACAUGGCGAGCAACCUGCUGAUGGUGAGACGGAUGUCGUUCCUUCGAUCGCUGAUCGCUCCUCAGAGGUGCCUAUUCCAGGUCAGACUGCUACUCAGGAUACGCGAUCUCCAGAUGGACUCAAGGGUGAUGUCGAGAAGUCUGAACACACAGCCACUACGAGCAAGUCUGUUGACACAAACACUGCCGAUGGCUCUGGGGAGAGUCUCGUCUCCAAGAUCGGCCAAUCUGUCAACAGCGCCGUGAACUAUGUGUCAGAGUCUGUCUCUGAGACUGUCCAGGGAGCAACAGCAUCUGAGAGCAAAGAGUCCACUGAGCAGCAAACCAAGCCUCAAAUGACUGACACAAGUGUACAAACCGGUCAACAAGACAUCACUAUCAAGAGCCCAACAGGCGAAGAGNNGGAAAGCAUGACAUUGCACCUCGGAGGCCGCGCAGCCAAGGAGGGCAAUGUGGUGGUCAAGGAUGGACAGGAAAUUGUAGGAGACAUGGAUGAACGCCACCGUACCGCCACUACUGGCCACGAUGACGGAAGCUACGGAGUUAUGGGAGGCCAUCAAGGUAGCGGACGGGUGACAAUCUCGAGUGUGGAGGGUCAAUCUAUCUACUGGACUUCGACUUCCCGUUCAUCUAUAAUGUGUAGAUAUGACGAUGGAAUGUCGUGCCCAUUCGCUACAACUCCAACCAAAAUGUCCAAAUCCACUUCCGAACAAACCAUUCUCGUGACAGGAGCAUCAGGCUUCAUGGCCACACACAUCAUAUCCUCUUUCCUGUCAGCCGGCUACAACGUGCGCGGCACCGUUCGCUCUGAAAAGUCGGCAGAGGCAGUCAANAAGACUCACGCCAACCAUGCUUCCAAACUCUCCUUCGCUAUUGUGCCUGAUAUCGCAGCUCCCCACGCUUUCGACUCCGCCGUCAAAGGCGUAGACGGUGUAAUACACAAUGCCUCCCCAUUCGCCUUUGACGUCAAAGACAACGANAAAGAAUUGCUUAUUCCAGCCAUCCACGGGACUAAAAGCUGCCUAGAGGCGGUCAAGGAGUUUGCACCCAAUGUCAAGAGGGUGGUUGUCACAAGCAGCUUUGCAGCUAUUGUGGAUAUGAGCAAAGGCAAAAGACCUGGCUACACAUACACAGAAAACGAUUGGAACCCUUGCACAUACGAGGACGCCAAAAACGGAGAUGGAGCUGUGGCGUAUUGUGCAAGUAAAGCGUUUGCAGAAAAAGCAGCUUGGGAGUUUGGAAAAGAUGAUGAGGUUAAGUUUGAUGUUGUGACUAUUUGCCCUCCAAUGGUUUAUGGACCUUCCAACCACUCCGUCCCGGAUCUGCAAAAACUCAACACUAGCUCGGCAGAUAUUUAUCGCUUUAUCAACGGCAGCACCAACGAACCUGGCGAUACUGCAUUCCCUCUCUGCGUCGAUGUGCGUGAUGUAGCAACUGCACACCUCAAAGCCUAUGAGGUUCCUGAAGCUUCCAACCAGCGCUUUGCCGUCACGUUGGGCAACUUUACCUAUCAGCGUGUUUGCGACAUCAUCAGGGAAAAGUUUCCAGAGCUGAGGAGCAAGGUGCCAGAGGGAAAUCCUGGCGAGGCGUAUCCUGAUUUCUUCGGUUUGAGCAAUGAGAAGGCGAAGAAGGUUUUGGGAAUGGAGUUUAUAGGGCUUGAGCAGAUGGUUGUCGAUACGGUGAAAAGUUUGUUGGAGCUGGAGAAGGCUGCUGGUGAGACUGGUGGAAAG